CAGCGUGUGUGCGUGCGUGAGUGAGUGAGUGUGUGUGUGUGUGUAUGACGGGGACAGAGUUGCGGCGGGGCAAAUCAGAAAGUGCCUGUGGCUAUUCUUUGCCGGCUCGCGCAGUUCUCUUCGGACCGCCAGAGUCGCACGAGACUGGCGACACGCUCCGAAGCCGGUCGGUUGGCCGCGGGUGACCCGAGAAUCCCUCACUGAUGACCAGACUCGGGCUGCGCUGGCAGGAAAGGUAGAACUAAACUACAUUCAUUGACUUGUGAGCGAUGAACUGGCAGCAUGGCCAAGUGGUUCAAGGAGCACCUAGGAUUCAAAACUACCAAAGCACCACCGCCGGCUCCUCCGAAACCGGACUACAGACACUGUCACACCGGUGUGCCCGGUGCGCCUGGCUUCCAACAAACAAGCUCCGGGGCCACCUUUCCGAGUCCCGCUCAACCGGACAUCCUCGCUGCCUACAAACUACAAAAGGACCUGGAUUUCGAGGAUCCGUAUACUCCAGGUGGAAAUAUCUCAUUCGCGUCCAGCUUGAACACUGUGGGAUCACCGGAUGUCAAGUACGUGUCACCAAAGCACCGACUUAUCAAGGUGGAAACAAUCGAAAAGAGCAGCCCAGCUCCCGGCGGGGGUGUCACAGUCACCCAGGCUGUCCCUGUAGGGAGCGUUAAAUCUCCUACUUCGCCCCCCUCGGACCACGACAAGGAGAAGCUCAUUAUCCUUGAAGACUAUGCGGACCCAUUUGAUGCUGAGCAGGCUGGCAGCACUCAAACCACCACAGAAAAAGUGACAACUGAGAAUGAUGGCUACAUGGAGCCAUAUGAGGCCCAGAAGAUGAUGGCAGAGAUCAGGUCUGGUGGGAGAGGCCCUAAGGAAGGACCUGUGAGGCAGCUUCCCUUGUACGACACACCAUACGAGCCAGCCGAGAACGGUGGCGACUCGGACCCCGACCGAUUGCGCUGCCCCAGAGAAAGCAGACUACCACAGGAUGAUGAGCGACCGCCUGAGGAGUAUGACCAGCCCUGGGAGUGGAAGAAGGAGAGGAUUUCCAAAGCCUUUGCAGUAGAGAUUAAAGUGAUCAAGGACCUACCAUGGCCCCCUCCAGUCGGCCAGCUCAACACCAGCCCUCCCCCAGUGGAGGAGCUAGAGUCUCCUUCCCAGACAGCUCAGCCCUCGCCAGGACAGACGAGCUGUGACCAGCACCACCAUGUCCAGUUUGAUGGUGUGGAGAAGUCUCGAAUGUCGCCCACCAAGGAGGGGAAAACUCGCCCGCUGCAGCGACAUUCCAGUGGCUGUCUGGUCAACACCAAAAUGACUUCACUGGACCACUGUAGCUCCUCUGUCGGGGAACGCAUCGACCCCAAGAUGCCGCUGGAAAGCCAGUUCUGGUACCAUGGAGCCAUCAGCCGAACUGAUGCGGAGUCUCUGCUUAGGCUGUGUAAGGAGGCCAGCUAUCUUGUGAGAAACAGCGAGACCAGCAAGAACGACUACUCUCUCUCCCUUAAGAGCAGCCAGGGCUUCAUGCACAUGAAGCUGUCACGGACCAAGGAGAACAAGUACAUCCUGGGCCAAAACAGCUGCCCUUUCGACAGCGUGCCUGAGAUCAUCCAUUUCUACUCCAGCCGCAAGCUGCCCAUCAAGGGUGCUGAACACAUGUCCCUGCUUUACCCUGUAGCCAUCAGGACACUAUAGUGCUCUGGGUGUCCUGCAGGCACGUGCCCUGCAGUACUCUUUGGGCCAACCUGUGGCCCACUGUUUCCUGUCCCUCUGGACAAAGCCCACUAGGCUCAUGGGAAGAUGAACAGUGGCACCCUAAACUGCUGAUCUUGACUCACCUCACUGGCCAACAGAUUCCAGACCUGUUUUGAAGGCCCACUGCAUCUCAUACAUACAGACUCAGUUUUGCAGAAUUUUUUAUUUUAUUUUAUUUUAUUUUAUUUAUGAUAGACAUCUGCUUAUUAGAUCAGACUGACUAUCUGAAGAACAUCAUUUCAUUGACUGUUGAGCUGAUUACCCAUAGCACUUAACACUUAAAGUAAAAGAAAGGUACAACUUAAUGUUCGUCACUGGGAUUUACCUUUUAUCAUAAACUGUUGUACCCUCUUCGUAUGAGUGCACAAAAUGACGAUUAUGUAUGAAAUGUUUGAGUAUCUCGUUUGAUUAGGCUCUAUUGCUACUGUAAUCAUAUUGCAAAGGGGACUUGAAGAUUAUAAGACCUCUGUAAGGGAAGCAACAUUUAUGAUGCAUGUCGAGCGAUAUUGUCCACGUGAGCCUCAUACAGUGGCCGGGAUAUUAAAUAAACUGGCUGUGUAUGAAUGGCGCGUCCCCAGCUGCGUGGAAACAACAAGCCUGUGAGCUGUGCAGACUGAUCUCUCUAUCUUGUCAUAGUGCAUGUUGUCUGCUAUCCAUCACCGAGUGGGUGUAUCACACCAGUGACAGUGUAAGUACCGUGGUGUUGAGACAGGCAGGAGAGCAUGAUGGAUGGGUCAGCCCAUCCGACACAAUACAUUUGGCUGAGGCUAGAGACCAGAGCCUGUCCAAAUGGACCAAAUUAUCCCUACUACCCCUGCUUAGAAUGGCUUUGCAUCGGGAGAAUGAAAUAUGCUUGUAUUGUCUACCUCAGAAAAUCAAUUUCAUUCGCCCAUGUGCAGAUCAAUAGGUACAAUGGGAUUGCAGACAUCGAUCUGCUCUCCCUUCGACAUUCCCAAUUCCCUUAAAGAAUGCAUCAUAGUUUUAAGAAUAUGGUUUUUGAAUACAGUUAAUCUGAUGUUUUUUUUUUUUUUUUUUUUUUUUAUAAAAACACAUGCAGAUUUUUUUUAAGAUCAGCAAUUGUAUGUAUAGUCACUAUUAUAAUACUGUGCGAUGUCAGUAAGAAAUGUUUGGUUAAUGCCUUAUGAAAUGCAUGGGUCAAAUCAGUCUGCUAGAUCAGUUGAUUUCUAAUUCUGCUUUUAACAAUUGUUCUGUGACUGUAAUUUAUUCUGGGGUAAUUAUUACUGAUGUGUUACUCCUUUGUGAUUGGCCCGUUGCCCCCCCCCUCAUCGUUCUGUGCCGAUGUGAUCGUGUAUUAUGGGACUACUCCAGCCUUUUUUGCUGUUGGUGCUUUGGCAUUUUUGUUGUUUCCAGUUCUGCUAAAUGCAAGUUUGCCUCGGUGGCCUCACUCUGGGACGCGAGUCACUGCAUCUCCUGACCAACAGGAUUGUCAAACCUCGUGUGAGAGACGAUUGCAUACCCGUCCACGCACGCAUCGAUCACAGUGCAGCCUGUCCGAACCAGAUAACCACCUACCUUCCGCCUGUCACGCGUCCACUUUUCAUUAAAAUCUCCAGAUGUCUAUUAUGUGUAAGAGUGAGUGAGUGUGCAUGUGUCCAACAUGUCUGUGUGUACAGGGUUUGUAUGCACUUGAGAAUGUGUGCACACACUUUCAGAGUUGCAGUGUUUGUUGUUUUGGGUUUUUAAUCCUGCUGGCACCUGGUGACAGCUAUUGCUCAAACCUCUUUAAUAAUCAGCUCUUAUUUUUCCCUCCCUGAACUCUAAAGUAUAGGAUUUGCCCUUAUGGCUUACUAAUUUAUUUUUUUUUUCCUUUCUCCCUGUAUUCCUUCAUUAAGCAGAUUGGAUUUUAGCAACUCAAAGUAAUGACAUGUUUGCUUCUAAAGUUACUGACAAUUACAAGGCAAAGAAGCUGAUUUUCCAACAGUAGUUGCACCAAAAAUCUGUUUAAUAAGGCUGCCUGAUGCAUGUAUGACCAAACUUCUUCUUCAUUGGUAAUCUUUAUCAAUUUAUAUGAGCUGCAAAUUUCAGUGGUUUAAUGAGCAAUUUAAAAAAAAAAAAAAGUUGUGGGGGAGGCUUUGGUCCUAGCUAAAAAAUUACUGAUGCUAAGAAUUAGAAACUGGCUUACAUGAGCAUGACCACUCUAUGUAUAAGGCCAAAUUAAGCUUUGGCUUUGUCUGUAUCUCAGCUGUGCGCUAUGCAACCACAAACUACAGUCAUUGAAGGGAAAAUGUCAGGUGUGUGCCUCCUACAAAUGUUAAUGACAAAUGUGAUGGUACAAGAUGUCUGCCAGGAAGAAAUUUAAUCACUAGAGUGGCAUUAGUAAAAAAAUAAUAAAUUGCAGAAUAUAGUAUGUAUUUAGAGGUAUAUUUUGCUGGUGCAGUAAGUGAGCAGACAGAUGUUAUCUUCUGAGGGUGUCUCCUCGUGGCACCACAGCUUUACCGAGGAAUAGUGCAUUGUUGAAGUGGACCUAUAUGUUUCUCGAGAGAAGAUAUCCUAAUAAGAAAUGCAAAUUUAAAGUAAAUUAUAUGUGUUGUAUUCUUUAUGUUACGAAUGUUCACUACUUAAGCGAUCAAAUGUUGAAAGUAGCUCUUUAUUUAGUUACUGCUGCUGAUGAGUAUUACCCUACUAUAGGAAAGAUCCUGCGUAUGAUGGCAGCACUGUCUAGAGAGAGGCCUUAGCUUUGUGAGAACAUGGGAAAGAUGUAGAGGAAGAAUAAAGGAGACCGAGGGGAGCGUGUUCUAAAAUUAAAAAAAAAAAAAAGGGGGGGGGUGGGAUUUGCUGCAGUCAGCAGACACUCUUUACAUUUGUGUGUCUAUUUAUGAGAACCUGAAAGAACCCUUCCCCUCCCCCGGAAGUGUCUUAAAACUUGUGUGUGUUUGUGUACAUACACACAAUGUGCAUGCUUGAAGCAGUGUUUGUUGAGUGUGUGUGUGUUUGUGUGUCUGCGUGUGCACUGGUGUAAGCAGCCAUCAGCCACUGACUUACCCUGAGUGUAUCACUUUACUGUGGUAAAGUGGCAUCUAUGAGUUUUCUUUGUGUACAUUUUUGUGCCAUGUAUGUAUGCACUACUUUAACAUAUCUCUGUACAGUCCCUCAUGGCCAAAUGUAUAUAUUGAAUGUAUUGUAUGGGGACAUAGAGGCA